AUGGCUGCUCCAACCACCGUCACCAUGCACAACCUCAAUGGCACUUGGGUUAUGGAUAAAUCCAUCUCCAACGACCCCGAUGGCAUCUUCAAACUGCAAGGCAUGUCGUGGCUCACCCGCACAGCCAUCGGCCUCGCCACCGUAACCUUAAAAAUCAAACAGACGAAAAACGACCAGGGCGUCACCGAGCUAGCCAUCGACCAGGUCCUCACCGGCGGCGUCAAGGGCACCUCCGAGCACCGCGUCCUCGACUGGUCCGAGCGCGACCACACCGACCACAUCUUCGGCGACCUCACGGGCCAGAGCCGGUUCUUCAGAGCGGGCGCGGCCGGCUCCGAAGGCAAGAGACUGCCGGACGUCGACGUGCAGACCAAGACGGGCGAUGCAGACAAGGAUGUGACCGUGGCUAAGUUCCUGCGCGGGGAGAUGCUGGCGAACGGCGAUCUGACGGACGGGUUUGUGGUUGAUGCGGAGAACGAGGAGUUUGUGCAGAGUUGGGUGCGGAGUAAGGAGAAUGGGUGGACGGGGGAGCAGGUCUGGGGCUUCGAGAUGGUCGAUGGCGUCAGACGGUACACGCGCCGCAUCGUCGUCGCGAAGGGCGACCAGAUCGAGAUGGUCCGGCUGGUCUAUACCUUCGUGAGCGAGAGUACUGAGUAA